AUGGAUGCGGACACGGACAGUACGGUUGCUAGCACUGGUGCUUCGGCUAACGCUACUUUGUUGUUGCUGUUACUGCUGUUUCUGCCGGUAAGCGAUGCUUUUUUUGUCGAGAGUCAGCGAUCUGGCAUUUCCGUCCUCUGUCACGACACCGCUCUUUCUGCAGUCGCCUCCGCCUCCACUACUGCUUCUGCAGCCAACUUUUUCCCCAAUCCUCCUCCAAAGUGCGCCCGUGUGUCUGUGUGUGUGUAUGUGUGCAUCCAAUCUUUGCGUGCAGCCUCUGUCUCCUACUUUUUGUCCCUUUUUGUUUCCUCUUCCUCCCUCUCUCCUCGUCAAAACUCCUCCGAUUUUCGGCAGGAGUCAUGA